UAAAAUAUAAAAUUUAUUUGAGAAUGUUUUAUUCUAUUUUAUAACAUUUUAUUUCCAUGUCGUUAUUUCAUGACUUUAAACGUUGGAUUACUAUUUGGCUAUUAACUUUUUCCUUUAGUUUUCCUAUUGUUACAUAUUCACGUAGAAUUAUACAUUAUCUUCAAUUAUUCUUAUUUCGUUCAAGAUCAGAUUGGAUUCACAUUGAAGAACCUUAUGGUUAUUGGAUUGCAGAAGAUUUAAAGAAAAAUGUUAAAAGAGAAGCUCUGAUGGAUAGAAUCUCGGAAGCUAAUGUGAUAUUAUUAUGGAUUCCAGGAGGAGGAUUUCGAUUUGAUUUAGGCCGAUUAUACACAUCCACUUUUACAACUUGGAUUAGAGCACUUGAAGCAGAUAAAGGAAUAAAAAGCAUGAUCUUUGUUGCAAAUUAUAAACAUGGACCUGAAAAUAGGUUCCCUUCUGCAAUUAACGAUAUUGCAAGAACAUAUGAUUGGCUAAUUCAUAUUCUUCAAAUUCAUCCAAAAAAGAUAAUUAUUGGUGGUGAUGAUGCAGGUGUAGCUAUUGCUUUAGACACUUUAUUUACUAAAAUACCUUCCAAUCAAAAGCCUGCUGGUUUUAUUUGCGCUUCUCCAUAUACUGGUCUUGAAGCAGGUGGAGAUUCCUGGAGAGCUAAUUUAGGUCAAGAUAUCAUUAAUGAAAAAUCAAUUACUUGUAUGGAAAAUGCUUAUAUGGGCCCUGAAAAUGAAGAUGAAUAUGACUCUGAUGAGGAAGAAGAAAAAGAAAGACAGUUGCGUCCCUUUGGCUAUUUAAGAAAUACUGUAGAGUUAGGUUCAUUUUUACCUUCUCGUUUACUUCUUUACUUGGGCGGUAAAGAGGUUUUAUUAGAUGAAGGAGGGCUUUUGGCUUCAAGAGCAAGAAGCUCAGGGGUUCAAGUUAUAGUUGUUCAAGAGCCUUCAGGAGCCCAUCUUUGGUCUAUGUUACCUGAUAUUUUUAUAAAGGAUCUAUCUAUUAAACAAAAUGCUAUUGAUAGAUUUGUAGAAUUUAUUUCAGAAACCAUUCAAUAUUAAUAAAUUAGUGCUGUAUUUAAUGCAGAUACACUUGUUUAAAAAUUAA